GACAAAAUGGAUAAUUCAAUAUGACUACGGAUGUAGACGACGAUACCAUGGCAUCUGGUCAAGUUGGCUAUUGCUCAGAGGAGUUUCAUGAUCUUGAUAUUUGUCAGGAUCCAAGAGAAUAUCGAUGUACUGCUGCAGGAUUAGAAGCUGUUUCCAGAGGAAGUGGACAGACGAUUCGUGAUGGCCAGCAAGAAGUUGCAGCAAAACCUUCAAAACAAAUGAAUAUCAAAAGAACAUUAGCUCACCUGAAGUUGGAAGUUCCUCAUGACUUUAACAUUUGAGCUACUAAUGUGCUUUUUUGUCCAACUUUUACCCUCUGCCAGGCACCCCAGUCUUUUAAUCAGUGGUGGGUCUAACAUUUCCAUGACAUGAAGGAAAAACUCUAGAAUGGGUCUCUGAAGAGCCAAGCACAGUGCUGAAGGGGU